AGCUCAUCUGGCGCAACGCUACCACUCCAGAUAUUGCAGUAUCCUUGCAAUAAUCUACUGACGCUGAAGCUUAGGAUAUAAAGUCUUAGGGAUUGUUGAAUCCAGCCCUCUAGUCUUUCAUCUAAAGUUGUGCCCCUUGACCCGUAAUUGUUCACCAUGAAGUCCCUCCAUCUCCUUUUGUCGGUCGCGUCGUUGGCUGUGGCCUUACGACUAGAUAGAAGGGGUAGAGUUGUAUAUGAUGGCUACAAGAUCUUCCGUGUGACACCAGGAGAAAGUGUUACGGAUUUCGAAGCUCAAUUGGCAUCUCUCGAGGCCAUCGAUCUCACCCACAACCACGGCCAUGUGGAAGAGGAGCAUUUCGAUAUUGCAGUGCCUCCUGAGAACCUUUCGGCAUUUGAGGGGUUGAAUUAUACCUCUGAGGUAUUGACUGACGAUCUAGGGGUUGAUAUAGCUCUCGAAGGAGAGCUUGCGGAUUACCCGGAUAGUGAUCUAAGUGUCGCUGCUCUUCCCAGCCUCUCGUGGUUCAAUGCAUACCAUGCUUACAAUGACCACUUGACGUUUUUGAAAGAUAUCCAGUCGUCUUUCUCCUCCAACUCGGAGCUUAUUACUGCCGGAAAGUCAUUCGAGGGACGCGCUAUUCAGGGCAUUCACCUAUGGGGAAGUGGCGGCAAGGACUCCAAACCGGCUGUCUAUUUCAAUGGCAAUGUCCACGCCCGCGAAUGGAUUUCCUCAAAGGUUGUCGAGUAUAUUACAUACCAACUUGUUGCCAACUACAACAAUGACACAACAGUUAAAAGCUUCCUGGAUAAUUAUGACUUUUACAUUUUGCCUAUCGUUAACCCUGACGGUUUCCUCUAUACCCAAACAACGAACCGUUUGUGGCGGAAGAAUCGCCAGACGCGAUCCGGUACUUCUGCUGUUGGCACAGAUGUAAACAGGAACUGGCCUUACAAGUGGGACGGUGAGGGUUCUUCUACGAGUCCCGGAUCAGAAACGUACCGCGGUGUUGCAGCUGGCGACACACCGGAAAACACUGGUAUCCGAACUCUGGGCGACCAGCUAGCAAAGAAGAAUGGCAUCAAGCUAUACAUUGAUUGGCACAGCUACGGACAAUACAUUCUGACGCCCUACGGUUAUUCGUGCUCAGCAGUGGCUUCCAACCAGGCCAAGCAAAACUCGUUGGCUAAGAAUACUGCGUCCGCUAUCGCGAAACCGUACGGAACCCAAUUUACUACCGGCCCGACCUGCGCUACGUUGUACGCCACUGCCGGCGGCAGCAACGAUUACGUGACUGACGUCAACAAGGCAGAGUACGGUUGGGCUAUUGAACUCCGUGACACUGGGCGAAACGGAUUCACGUUGCCCGCCAAUCAAAUCCUCCCAACUGGUAUCGAGGUAUGGGAAGGAAUGAAAUAUCUUUUCGCCAACAUGUGAAAACAAGUGUAAAUCUUGUCGAAAUCUGCGAUUAUGAUUUGAGGCGGAGUAUGGCAACGUAAACUAUAUACGUAUACUCAGACUUACUGUCGAUGUUCGGAUAUUCGUCUAGAUGCGGUUGUUGCUCGCAAUAAA